AUGUCGACGCGAGUUGCGCUCUCCCGCUUCGCCCCAGCCAUCACCCGCACACACAGGGCACCCGCUUUCGCGGCGCGGAGAGCUCUCUUCGUCCGUGGCUACGCUUCGCAGAGCGAACAUACGUCAUUGACCGUGCGUGAUGCCCUCAACGCCGCCCUGGAGGAGGAGAUGUUGCGGGAUGAGAAGGUGUUCAUCAUUGGUGAGGAGGUCGCCCGGUACAACGGUGCAUACAAGGUCACCAAAGGCCUGAUGGACAAGUUUGGCGAGAAGCGUGUCGUUGACACACCCAUUACUGAGAUGGGUUUCGCUGGUCUCGCAACUGGUGCCGCAUUUGCGGGCCUCCGGCCAGUCUGCGAAUUCAUGACCUUCAACUUCGCUAUGCAAGCCAUUGACCAAAUUGUCAACUCGGCCGCAAAAACAUAUUACAUGUCUGGCGGUUUCCUCACCUGCCCGAUCGUCUUCCGUGGUCCCAACGGUGCCGCCUCUGGCGUCGCGGCCCAGCACUCACAGGACUAUGCCGCAUGGUACGGUUCCAUCCCCGGCCUGAAGGUCGUCAGCCCUUGGAGUGCCGAGGACUGCAAAGGUCUCCUCAAGGCUGCCAUCCGUGACCCCAACCCUGUUGUGUUCCUCGAGAACGAGAUGUUGUACGGUGUCAGCUUCCCCAUGUCGCAGGAGGCGAUGUCCGACGAGUUCAUCCUCCCCAUCGGCAAGGCCAAGAUCGAGCGUGAGGGCAGUGAUGUCACAAUUGUCGCACACAGCUUGAUGGUUGCGCGGAGUCUGGAGGCGGCGGAGGAGCUUGCGAAGGAGGGCGUCAAGGCGGAGGUCAUCAACCUUCGCAGCAUCCGCCCGCUCGACAUCGACACAAUCAAGGCCUCCGUCAAGAAGACCAACCGACUUGUCAUCGUUGAGGGUGGCUUCCCAGCCUUCGGUGUCGGCAGCGAGAUCUGUGCUCAGAUCGUCGAGAGUGAGGCCUUCGACUACCUUGAUGCACCGGUCGAGCGUGUCACUGGCGCUGACGUCCCUACACCCUACGCAAUCAACCUCGAGGCUCGUGCCUUCCCUGACGCGCCGGUCAUCACGAAAGUGGCCAAGCGGGCACUCUACAGGUCCAACUAGGACCUUCCUUCAUUGCCGUGUUCUUCACGCAAGCUUGGGGGAGAGCCAACGAGGGCGCGGCUACAUUCUUUCGCGGGGCUGCGCAGACGUGUUAUAACUUAGGGAUGCAUCUUGCUAUAU